ACACAGCGCUCUGACUCACUUGCAUACCGCCUGUUGACGGCCCUACGCGUCAAGUCAGUAUAAUUGAAUCACUUUUGUUAUUUGGUCACAAGCACCAUGGAAAAAAUUGUUUACUCUUUCAUUGGUUAAAUCCUACUCACUGGUUUACAGUCGUCGAUUACUAGCAUUUUCAAAGGCUUGGCAGCGUUGCUAACUCAAUUCCCCGGGAAGUUCAAAUAAAUUGCAGCUUCCCACGCAUAGAUGGAAAAGAGUCAAAGAAAAGAUCCCUGGAUAUUUACACGGAUAUUGACGUGUAGCUUCCUCGUUCAAUGACGUAUCUGAUCACGUACAACCUGAAAACCUAACCUGUUUUGGUUUAAAAUUUUUGUUAUGGAGAAAAAGGAAAUCUUUAUAAAGCAAUUUUGUGUGAUGAAAUGAUAUUUUUAUCUUCUAAGGACGUUAGGAGAAUAUUGUUCGUUACAGCUGUGAUUUACAUAUCUAUUCAAGUUUAUUUUCAUUGUGAAAUAAUUCCGCAAAUACAGAGUCCUGCAGCACAUGUGCUACUCUGGUGGACACCAUUUCUGCCAGAUGAUAACCAUAUAAUUAAAUGUGGGGAGGAAAAUUACCAAUGCAUAUUAACUAACAAUCGAGACAAUAUUAAAAAUGUAAAUUUAGGUGCAAUUCUGUUUUAUGGGAGUCGAAUAGAAAACUAUGAUUUUCCACUGCCAAGAAACUACAAUAUACCAUGGGCUAUAUUUCAUGAGGAGUCGCCGAAAAAUUACGCACCAUAUCUGUAUAGGAAUAUUCAAAGAGUAUUCAAUUUGAGUUCAACAUUUAGUCGGAAUUCCACUUUUCCAGUUCCACUGCAAUAUUUGAAUCAUAUUCACUUACUAACAGGUAUUUUUCCCCUAAAGACAGCAUUUAAGUUCAAUGGUCCGAUCUCAUUGGGGUGCCAUGGCAUUGUAGACCAUCGUCGCCAAAUAUUGUAUUGAACAGGCAUAUAGUAAGUAGUAAAGACCAGGGCUCUAAAAAAUUUGGGGAAUCCUAUACGUGUAACUAGAGUAAUGGAAUGAUUCUGUAUUUUCCAGGUAUUUUUGGAAAAUGCCAAUGUUAGGCCUAUAUCAACCUUGAACAAGCAGAAUGAUGGUGACCUUGGAUGGGACCUUGAGCCACACAUUCAACUUUAUUUCAAGGUCAACUUUUGUUCUUUAAAUGGAAAGCUCUCUUUUUGUUACCAGUAGUAAAAAGAACGGAAACCCCAACGUCCAAAUAUGUGAUAGAAAUUAUAAUACGAUCACCUCCAAAUAUCAACUGAAGGCCAAAUAUGUGAGGCUAGCCAAAAUUUAAAUAAAAAUCAUACGAUGAAUCACAUAUCUAAAAAAGUGCAAACAGCCCUAGAGUACCAAUUUUACAUUUAAAAAAAAAACAGUAUUUUGAUGCAUACUACGUUUAGACGUUUCAUGUGCUAUAACAGAGUUCCUUCAUCUAUGUACGAGACCAACUUGACUUUUUUGCCGUUUCAAUUAAGGAAAUACAUCAACUUGCAUGAAGAUCAGUAUAGCUUUAGAGGAGUCAUCAAACCAUCGACAUAUCAGGUAGCUCUCAUUCGUUUCAGCAGGAUAGUUUGACUACAGUUACUAGAGAUUUCGCCAUAGCGUCUCAAUGAGGUGGAAUGUUAGAAAUAUCUCUGAUUCUUGGCAUACUGAUUGAUUCUUUCUUGCCCAUUAGAACUUCAAUUUUAGAUUUAAGAUACUAUGUACCUGUUGAAUAUAAACAUAAUGUAGCUGAAAUCUCACCAGUACUCUAUAUUCAAUCAGACUGUGACACACCAAUCGACAGAGAUAGAAUAGUGACAGAACUGAGCAAAUAUGUCAGAAUAGAUAGUUAUGGAGCAUGUCUUAAAAAUAAACCAUUACCUCCAAGGUAAUUAAUGUAUUGCUAUAUCUUUCACACAAUUUUGAGAAAACGAAUAUUUUAAGAUCACGCAUAGAAAAGGCAGAAGUCAUGAACGAUGUUGAAUGCUAUAUAUCAUGUAAUUAAGACCAUCGACACCACUCACAAAUGCUGAGUUUUUUUGUCUCUUGGAGAUAAAUAAAUAUGCCUACAAGAAUGCACUUGGAAAAUUAUAAGAAUUGCUCCAUAACUUCAGUAAAAAAAAUCUUUCUUUUGCAGUCUGCGACACAUCGACCCAUUAGACUUGUAUAACGAUGAAUACAUGAUAUUUAUUUCACA